AUGUCAUUAUUACAUAAAGAUACAACAUUUACAAAAAUUUUUGUUGGUGGUUUACCAUAUCAUACAACUGAUGAAACAUUACGAAAAUUUUUUGAACGCUUUGGUGAAAUUGAAGAAGCAGUCGUUAUUACAGAUCGACAAACAGGAAAAUCACGUGGUUAUGGAUUUGUAACAAUGAAUACUCAAGACGCUGCAAGUUUAGCAACGAGAGAAGCUAAUCCUGUUAUUGAUGGUCGUAAAGCAAAUGUUAAUUUAGCUUAUCUUGGUGCUAAACCACGUGUAAUUCCUACACCCGCUGGUAAGAAUUCGAAAAUUUUUAUUUUAUCUAUAUAUUAA